AUGGUGGUUACCCUUUUCUUUUUAGAAAUAAAAAGAAAUCUCUAUUCUCCACCGAAAAACAAAGACUCAAACUUUAGUUUAGUGGAAAAAGCCCCUUAUCGGAUUUGAACCGAUGACUUACGCCUUACCAUGGCGUUACUCUACCACUGAGUUAAAAGGGCUUGUUUUAUUCGAUUCAUGAAUUAUAGCCUUUUUCCAUUAUGAGUCUACUGCAUAAUAUAUGUACAUGAUAUAUACAUAUAUGCACAUAAUAUAUACAUAGUUCAUUUAGGAGCAAUCAAUUUGAUUUACCCCCCAAAAGUAAAAAGUGGGCAAAUUUUUUAUUUUUUUUUUGAUAAAAAUAAUGCAGUGAAUUGUUUCAAGACCGACCCCGCUUGUUUACCUUUACUGACUCAUCAAAACAAGAUUCACUUGAUUGAUACAUGUACCAAUCUGACAUCGACAUAGAUUCGAUAGAUUUUCUUGAAUCAUGUGAUGAGGGUAUUCGUACCCUGAACCGAAUUCUUAUAAAAAAAUAAAAAAGAAAAAAGGAAAAUUUCUAUCGUUUUUUAAUUUUCUGACUUAAUGUGAGAUAGUGAUAGGCAUAUUUUAUCUGAACAAUGAACGAAGCAAUGAGUUAAGUUAAAAUUAAUGAGUUAAAAUUGAAGAAAAGAAAUUAAGUGGGGUUCUACCCCCUUUUCUGUUCUGUCGGACCAAUCACUGCCUGAACUGACGGAGUCCUGUACCUCCUUUCGCUAUAUAAAAUAGUAUGGGAUGGUUCAUUCAUGAACCAUCAAAUCCAAAACAAAAUUCUAUGGAAUCAUAACAUAAAAGUAGAAAAGAGUGUUCAGAUCUAGUCAUAUCAUUAGAUUAUAUUGACAAUUCCAAAAAACUACUCAUACUAUCAUCAUAGUAUGAUGACAGUUGGGCGGAUAUGCCCCUAUCGUCUAGUGGUUCAGGACAUCUCUCUUUCAAGGAGGCAGCGGGGAUUCGACUUCCCCUGGGGGUACUACGAAAGGAAGUUGAUCAUGGAUUAUCAAUAAGCCUAGAAGGAAUUCUUCCUGGGUCGAUGCCCGAGCGGUUAAUGGGGACGGACUGUAAAUUCGUUGGCGAUAUGUCUACGCUGGUUCAAAUCCAGCUCGGCCCAAAAAUUCGCCGCUCCAUGAAUAUGAUAUAACCAAUGAUAUAACCAAUUUGUCCCCCAGAAACAAAAAUACCUGAUCCGUAAAAGAGAAAGAGUCCAUUUUUGUUUCUCUAUCCAUGUUUUUCUCAUUCGUUCUGAUCUUUUCUUUCUAACGAUCUAGAUUCAUAAUACUUAAUCAAAGCAAAGAUUAUGAAAGGAAAAAUCGUUUUUUCUCAAUGAAAGGUUGAUUAUCUAUUUUUGGCAAUAAAAUAAAAUAAACACAGGUUACUAGUAAUCCGUGUCACUUUCACUAUAGUCCAUAUCUAUGUGUUCUAUGUGUAUAUGAUAUCAGUUAGUAUAUCAUUCGUGUCUCUGUUACAACGCGACGAAGAAAAUGUUUUUCUGAAACCAUUAAGAAUAUGUAUACCAUACACCUCGCUGGGAUUGUAGUUCAAUUGGUCAGAGCACCGCCCUGUCAAGGCGGAAGCUGCGGGUUCGAGCCCCGUCAGUCCCGAACUAGGAUCCGACCGAUGAAUGGAGAAAUGAAUUUAUCUAUUUUCCGUGAAAAAGGAGACAGGGGGCAAGAUCUAAUCCCCAGUGGAGAUCCUUAUUUCUUUUGUUUUUCAUUUCGCAUUUAUCAUCAGACAAAUACAGGAAUUUCCAUUUCUUCCACUAGUGCCGAGUGAUAAGGGAGAGACAUAACAUAUAUAGAUUCGUACAAUCGGUGGUAUUCCUAUAUUUAGUAUUUUAAGAGAUACUCGUCUGACUUUCUUUUUCGAUUUUCUUGAUAAAUGAAAUAGAAUAGAGUGCUCCUAUUUUUACCGAGAGUACAUACGCAAAUUGUAUUCGUUUAUUGUACAAUACAUAAUGAACUUAACAUAAUUACCUCGACAGAGUACUUGUCAGGUUAAACGACAACCCUUUUUAGCUUCGACUUUGUUUGUGUAUCCUCAAUGACUAAUUGGAAACAAUCUAUCUCAUUCUCAUUUAAAUUGCACACUGAAUUUUUGAUGUAUGCCUUCCAGUCCCAAUCGAAGAAAGAGAUACUAAUCAAAUAAAAGAAAAGACCAAGCAACGUUCCUUUUUAUUAAAUUUGUUGGAAUUAUAUUAGAUCUUUUAUACUUAACCCGUCCUUUUUCCAUCUCACUUCUACUCUUUGGAUCUGUGUGUGAUUCAUAGAAUACCAGUCAUAUAAUACCUCAUAAUUGUAUGUACAUAAUUGUAUGUAUAAGUAUAACGAAGGAGGAGUAUAUAAGGAAGACGGUAGGGUUAUUUAUAGAAAAGAAAAAGUGGAAAAGGAUGAAAAUUCAAUGGGAUUCUUUAUUGGAUCAGGAAUCCCAUUUCAGAUUUAGUAUGGAUAAAGGAUCUUCCUAUGUUAUACUAUUCAAUUCUCGACGAUGAAUCGAUUUGAUAGAUCAGAUAUUGUUAUUCAUAAUAUUGAUCCGAUUCAGUAUCAUCAGGAUGCAAUUCAUCCCAUUGAAUUUACAGGAAUCAAAUUUCUCAUCUCUAUGGGAUUAGAUCCCGAGUUAUUGCGAAGUAAAAAAACAAUGAGAUUAUGGAAGUAAAUAUUCUCGCAUUUAUUGCUACUGCACUGUUCAUUCUAGUUCCUACUGCCUUUUUACUUAUCAUCUACGUAAAAACAGUCAGUCAAAAUGAUUAAUUUGACUGAAACUUGAUUUAUUAGUUCUUAUCAAUGAUUGAAUAAAUGAAAGAAACGGAUUCAAACUCCAAGUCUUAAAUGAAAUGAUCUGUCUGGAAUCAUAAGUAUCUGAGAUAAUAAGUAUCUGAGAUAGUAGUAUCUGAGCCGAGAUAGUAUGGUAUAGUAUUUAUUAUCCUAUUAAUGAUUUUCAUAGAAAGUUGUACUGUAUACAGAUAUAGGCUUUUAUAUAGAGAAAGCCUAUAUCUAGGUCAAUAUACAAUAUGUAUGUACAUAGAUUAGAUGUAUAUCUAAAUAGUACAUCAAAAUAACAGUCCAAUUCUAUUAUUUUUUUUGGCUACAUUUACUUGUGUGGAUUUCGAUCAAUUCAAAAUAAUUGAAGACCAACUCUUCUAAUUCCUGGCUUUCUUAGAAUUUAUAUAUAUAUAGGUAUAGGUCCCGAGAUCUAUCAAAGGAAUCAAUGGAGCAAGACAAAAAGAGUAUGGGCAUAUUCUACUAUAAAUUAAAUAAAAAAAAAGAUAAAAGAAAACGAAACCAAAGAAAAGAAUCUUUUUCUUUUUUUAGAUUUCCCAUCUCAAGAAGUCAUUGCUUGAUCUAUUAACAGAUGAUCUGCGGAGUUCUAUUCCAUGAUAACUUCUUCAGAUUUGAAAAAGAAGUAGAUUAAUAGAGUAGACCUUCCCAAUUUUUUAUGCUUAAACAUGACAUGAGAUGAGUCAAAAAAAGCAUAAAAAAAUCUCUAGGAGUCUAAAAAAAAGGUGAAAUGCGCGAUAUGUGGAUCGCUCAACGGAAGAAAGAUCUAAUCUUAUUAUGUGUAGAACCUCUUUGGACAACAACUAGUCAUUUCCAAUAGAAAGUAUGUAUUGUCGUAAUCUAAUAUAAUUAGAAUAGCGGAACGGCUUUCUCUUCUCUUAGAACAGUAAAAGUAAAGAAAGAGGGAAACAAAUAAAGAAAAAAAGAAAAAACCAAUUUCAGAUUUUUUCUUUUUGUAAUAUCCAUAAUUCUGGUAAGAGCUGGUUUAUCAAAAUAGAAUAUUUAGGAAGAAUUCGGUUGGAAAAAAUUUCCUAUCAUGCGUAGAUUUAGGUUUCGAAAUACAACUAUAGUAAUCAUUCAUUCUUUGAUCGAAUGGUUAUUAUUCAUUAUUGUAUUUUCUUAUUCAUUACUGUAUUUCAGUAUAAUUUUGAAACAGAGACAUUCUUUUUUUAAAGCUUUGCAAAACGAUCAAUUAAACAAUUGAUAGAAUUCAAUUACUCAAUCGAUUACUCGAUUAGUAGUACCCCUAGAGUCCACUCCUUCCCCAUACUACGAGUGAGAGGGAAAAUGUAAAGACUACCAUUAAAGCAGCCCAAGCGAGACUUACUAUAUCCAUAUAAAUUAUGUCUCCUAUCUCUAUGAAGGAAUUAUUCCAUUAUUGAUCAAUAAUCAUAGUGGAAUCAAUGGCGCAGAGUCAAAAUGGAAUUCUGACUUAACUUAAGGCUAUUGAUGAACCAAUCCAAUGAAUCUACUCGUAACAAGAUUAUAAGAUUUCUGGUAGAAUCGGGAAGCAUUAAGCAUAAAUACAAUACACACACCUUUUCUCGGAAAAUGAAAUAACAAAGGAAUACUCCUAUCCCAAUGGAACAUGUAGGAGUACUAAGACCUAUUGUUUGUUACCCUUUUUCAUAAGCAAAAGACAUCAAAAUAUACCAUCAAGAUAGAUAACUAUCUAUCAGAUACCUCUAUUUCCUAUUUGAUCUAAGCCUUACUGUUUUUUUUGUGAAAGAAUGGGGAGACACCAUCACCAGUAUUACAUACAUUCUUUCUUUUUUUCGUAAUCCCCCUAUCUUACACGGGCAAAGAAAUUCCUACACGGGCAAAGAAAUUUUUUUGUUUCUUCAACUUUUACUUUUACUCUUUACUCAAUAAGAGCCGACCAACUAUCCUGAUUGAAUGUUUGAGUACUCAGAGACUCUCGUGAGUCUGGAUACAAAGUAUCUUCAGUCCUUUCCACAACUUCUAAAUUGAUUUCCCAUCAGCCUAUCCAAUCGAAUUCCAGACAGAGUCAGUAGACACAACGGUGGUAGUGUAAAAUAAUUAGGAAUUCUUGAUAGUCUUUCGUACAAUCUCUUCUUCAAUCCUAGUAGCAAAAAUGGAGUGUCCUUUAGGAACCUUUGGAUACCAAGAUUUCCGACCUCUUACUUUCGUAGUUUUGAAUCCCAGAAUUUACUUUCACUAUUUAUUUAUUCUACUUAUAAAAUAAAUGUCCGAACCAAUCAUAAUCAUAUUAAAAUCAUAAUCAUAUUAAUAAGUAAGGCUUACUUCAUCCCUAUUUGUACCGGUUUGGGCCACACCCAAAGCCCGGAUUUUUAGAAAAAAAUUGACUUUCUUUAAAAAAAUUGACUUUCUUUAUAGAACUACAGAUUCUAAAAAUAAAGUAUCGAUAGGCUUAUCCUUUUGCCUCUCCUUCUCCGGGGACAGAAUUCGUCGAGUUAAAUCAGCAGAAUAAGAAAUCCCAAGUUUUUUGUUGAUCAGGCGACACCCAGAUUUGAACUGGGGAUAAAGGAUUUGCAGUCCCCCGCCUUACCACUUGGCCAUGUCGCCAAACCAAAUUCGAUCCAAAUAAGAUAAAAAAUAGAUUUCUGGUCAAAGACUGAAAAAUUCAGGGCAAAUUGGAACCAUUAACUAUUUGUUUUGUUGUUUUGAAUUAGCGAAAGGUUCUUCAAUUUGUAUCUCAAAUUGUUGCGUUUCCUUAAUGGCAUAACAAAAUCAAAUUGAUUUAUGACUAAUUCAGUAUCAAUUAUUUUCAAUAAUCAAUCUUUUUCAAUUUCAAUUAUAACAAUAUAAAUUAUAACAAUAUAUAUGUGUAUAUGUAAACCUCAAAACAGAAAUUGUUACACAGAUACCGCUCUUAUGUACAUAUCCCAUAUCCCUAUAGAGAAUCGUCGUGCCUUCUUUUUUCAUUUUCUAUAUGCAAUAGAAAAAAUAGGAAUUAUGAUAUAGUGCGACCUGACUUCUGUUGCCACAAGUGAAAUUACGAUAAAAGAUGUGAUAUGCGGACAGGUAGAUAGCUAUAUUGGCAUGCACUUAAUAAAUAUUACUCCUAUUACGCAAUUCAAUCAUAUUCUAUAUAUUCUACUAGCAAAAAAAUAAUUCGAAAUUUUUUUUGAACAUGAAAUGAAACUCAAAUAAAAUUAAGUAUGCUAAAAAGGGAAACUCUAUAUUGUUCCUGUUGUACCUGUCGCAAAUUCGAACUUGCGUCGAAAAUGCUCUUCAUUCCUCUGUCUCAUUUCCGUUCAUACGUAUGAAAUACAUAUAUGGUAUAUGGAGUUGGCUAAAAUUUCAUGUGAUUCAGUAAACAGAAUAUACAUUCCAUCAUUGCUAGAUCGAUCCGUAUGGUUCGAUAAAUAGUGAGCUAAUAAUGGGAUUUUUCAAUAAACAGGAAACUUAAGAUUAAGAUGCUCCGGAAUGAUGGAAAUGAGGGAAUGUCCACAAUACCUGGAUUUAGUCAGAUCCAAUUUGAGGGAUUUUGUAGGUUCAUUAAUGAGGGCUUGACGGAAGAAUUUCAUAAGUUUCCAAAAAUUGAAGAUACAGAUCAAGAAAUUGAAUUUAAAUUAUUUGUGGAAAGAUAUCAAUUGGUAGAACCCUUGAUAAACGAAAGAGAUGCUGUGUAUGAAUCACUCACAUAUUCUUCUGAAUUAUAUGUACCCGCGGGAUUAAUUUGGAAAACCGGUAGAGAUAUGCAAGAACAAACCGUUUUUAUUGGAAACAUUCCCCUAAUGAAUUCCCUGGGAACCUUUAUAGUAAAUGGAAUAUACAGAAUUGUGAUCAAUCAAAUAUUGCAAAGUCCUGGUAUUUACUACCGUUCAGAAUUGGACCAUAACGGAAUUUCUGUCUAUACCAGCACAAUAAUAUCAGAUUGGGGAGGAAGAUCGGAAUUAGAAAUUGAUAGAAAAGCAAGGAUAUGGGCCCGUGUAAGUAGGAAACAAAAAAUAUCUAUUCUAAUUCUAUCAUCAGCUAUGGGUUCGAAUCUAAGAGAAAUUCUAGAUAAUGUUUGUUACCCUGAAAUUUUCUUGUCUUUCCCGAAUGAUAAGGAGAAAAAAAAGAUUGGGUCAAAAGAAAAUGCUAUUUUGGAAUUUUAUCAACAAUUUGCUUGUGUAGGCGGGGAUCCGGUAUUUUCUGAGUCUUUAUGUAAAGAAUUACAAAAGAAAUUUUUUCAACAAAGAUGUGAAUUAGGAAGGAUUGGUCGACGAAAUAUGAACCGGAGACUGAAUCUUGAUAUACCUCAGAACAAUACAUUUUUAUUACCACGAGAUGUAUUGGCUGCUGCGGAUCAUUUGAUCGGAAUUAAAUUUGGAAUGGGUACACUUGACGAUAUGAAUCACUUGAAAAAUAAACGGAUUCGUUCUAUAGCGGAUCUGUUACAGGAUCAAUUCGGACUGGCUCUUGUUCGUUUAGAAAAUGCGGUUCGAGGAACUAUAUGUGGAGCAAUUCGGCAUAAAUUGAUACCGACUCCUCAAAAUUUGGUAACUUCAACUUCAUUAACAACCACUUAUGAAUCGUUUUUUGGCCUACAUCCUUUAUCUCAAGUUUUGGAUCGAACUAAUCCAUUGACACAAAUCGUUCAUGGGCGAAAAUUGAGUUAUUUGGGUCCUGGAGGAUUGACGGGGCGAACUGCUAGUUUUCGGAUACGAGAUAUUCAUCCUAGCCACUAUGGACGUAUUUGUCCAAUUGACACGUCCGAAGGAAUCAAUGUUGGACUUAUUGGAUCCUUAGCCAUUCAUGUGAGGAUUGGCCAUUGGGGAUCUAUAGAGAGUCCAUUUUAUGAAAUAUCUGAAAGAUCAAAAGAGGCACAGAUAGUUUAUUUAUCACCAAAUAGAGAUGAAUAUUAUAUGGUAGCAGCGGGAAAUUCUUUGGCCUUGAAUCGGGGUAUUCAGGAAGAACAGGUUGUUCCAGCCCGAUACCGUCAAGAGUUCCUGACUAUUGCAUGGGAACAGAUUCAUCUUAGAAGUAUUUUUCCCUUCCAAUAUUUUUCUAUUGGAGCUUCCCUCAUUCCUUUUAUCGAGCAUAAUGAUGCGAAUCGGGCUUUAAUGAGUUCUAAUAUGCAGCGCCAAGCAGUUCCGCUUUCUCAGUCCGAGAGGUGCAUUGUUGGAACUGGACUGGAACGCCAAACGGCUCUGGAUUCGGGGGUUUCCGCUAUAGCCGAACACGAGGGAAAGAUCAUUUAUACUGACCCUCACAAGAUCAUUUUAUCAAGUAAUGGGGACACUACUAUAAGUAUAAGUAUUCCAUUAGUUAUCUAUCAACGUUCCAACAAAAAUACUUGUAUGCAUCAAAAACCUCAGGUUCCGCGGGGUAAAUGCAUUAAAAAAGGACAAAUUUUAGCGGACGGUGCGGCUACAGUUGGGGGGGAACUUGCUUUAGGAAAAAACGUAUUAGUAGCUUAUAUGCCAUGGGAGGGUUACAAUUCUGAAGACGCAGUACUAAUUAGCGAACGUCUGGUAUAUGAAGAUAUUUAUACUUCUUUUCACAUCCGGAAAUAUGAAAUUCAGACUCAUGUGACAAGCCAAGGACCUGAAAGAAUCACUAAGGAAAUACCACAUCUAGAGGCUCAUUUACUCCGCAAUUUAGACAGAAAUGGAGUUGUGAUGCUGGGAUCUUGGGUAGAAACAGGUGAUAUUUUAGUAGGUAAAUUAACACCUCAGACAGCAAACGAAUCGUCGUAUGCUCCAGAGGAUAGAUUAUUACGAGCCAUACUUGGAAUUCAGGUAUCCACUGCAAAAGAAACUUCUCUAAAACUACCUAUAGGCGGAAGAGGUCGCGUUAUUGAUGUGAGAUGGAUCCGGAAAAAGGGGGGUUCCUGUUAUAAUUCAGAAAUGAUUCGUGUAUAUAUUUCACAGAAACGUGAAAUCAAAGUAGGUGAUAAAGUAGCUGGAAGACAUGGGAAUAAGGGUAUCAUUUCAAAAAUUUUGCCUAGACAAGAUAUGCCCUAUUUGCAAGAUGGAACACCUGUUGAUAUGGUCUUCAACCCAUUAGGAGUACCAUCACGAAUGAAUGUGGGACAGAUAUUUGAAUGCUCGCUCGGGUUAGCGGGGGAUCUGCUAAAGAGACAUUAUAGAAUAGCACCUUUUGAUGAGAGAUAUGAGCAAGAGGCUUCGAGAAAACUAGUGUUUUCCGAAUUAUAUGAAGCCAGUAAGCAAACAAAAAAUCCAUGGGUAUUUGAACCCGAAUAUCCGGGAAAAAGCAGAAUAUUUGAUGGAAGAACAGGAAAUCCUUUUGAACAACCUGUUCUAAUAGGAAAGUCCUAUAUUUUAAAAUUAAUUCAUCAAGUUGAUGAUAAAAUCCAUGGACGUUCUAGUGGACAUUACGCACUUGUUACACAACAACCCCUUAGAGGAAGGGCGAAGCAAGGGGGACAACGAGUAGGGGAAAUGGAAGUUUGGGCUCUAGAGGGAUUUGGUGUUGCUCAUAUUUUACAAGAGAUGCUUACUUAUAAAUCUGAUCAUAUUAGAGCUCGUCAAGAAGUACUUGGUGCUACGAUCAUUGGAGGAAGAGUAUCUAACCCAGAAGAUGCUCCAGAAUCUUUUCGAUUGCUCGUUCGAGAACUACGAUCUUUAGCUCUAGAACUGAAUCAUUUCCUUGUAUCUGAGAAGAACUUCCAGAUUAAUAGGAAGGAAGCUUGAUCUGAAUGAAUCAGAAUUUCUAUUCUAUGAUUGACCGGUAUAAACAUCAACAACUUCGAAUUGGACUAGUUUCUCCUCAACAAAUAAAGGCUUGGGCCAACAAAA